AUGGGUGCUGACGUCUUUACCCUCAGAGAUGUAUUCUAUCGAGAUCCUUCCCUUUUUGACAAUCAGGGGGUUUCUGACAAGCUCAUUGAUCUUCUCUCCGAAUUGCUAGGUGAGAAGCGAGGCGCUCUGAACAUUCGCGCCUCACCGCGUGGGAUGUUCGCCGGCUCUGCAAUCACGUUACUAUUGAAGAGCGGAGAAGAGAUCACAGCUUCUGCAACGAGGGGACAAACUAUACCGGUCGAAGAGGACAUUGAAAGAAUAGAUGUACGGGAUGACAUUUCCUUUGUAGUGGUGGUCGAGAAGGAGGUGAGGACUUACACACGAGUUCAUGGGAAAUCUCUCAAGAUCUUCUCCAGGCCCCUUUUGAACGGGCUACAGGGAAAAGGCUAUCCCGAUCUGGCGACGAGAGAUUUAUUCAAGAGAUUGGCUCAAGACCUUCCUCCUUGGGUUCCUAUUACAGUCCUUGUCGACGCCGACCCAUACGGGUUGGAUAUCCUAAAUCAAUUUGUCAAGGCUUGCGACGGCCAGGCCGGCGAACGUGUACAGUGGAUCGGCGUAUUUGGUACCGAAUGGACCGAGCUUGGAAUCGAGCCGCAACAGCUUCUUCCUUUGAAGCCCACGGAUUGCCGAAAGGCUUUCAAGAUGCUUCGAGAGACUCCUGAUUUGCCCUCCCGAUGGAGGGAAGAACUACAACAUAUGCUGUUUCUACAACGGAAAGCCGAGAUCGAAUGUCUCUCGUCGUUG